AUUCAUUCACUCGCCUCUUUCUUCGUUCACUCUCCUUCCUUCGUUUGACGACUCCCGUUCUUUUAUCCUCUGUUCGUUCUCUGCGCUCCCCCUCAAUAUGAAGGCGUCUUUUGUGACGGCCCUUGCCUUGGCCGCUUGCACCCUGGCUACCCCGAUGGGCCAGCCUCAGGUGCGCGAGAGUGAGUGCACUUGCCAGCCUGCGGGCUCGGGGUCUGGGUCUGGGUCUGGGCCUGGAUCUGGAUCUGGAUCUGAGCCUUCCGGCCCUGCGGGGACUGGGACUGGUAGUUAUCCCGGUUCUGGGUCUGGUGCUCCUGGCACUGGGACUGGAAGCUAUACUGGCUCCGGCUCUGGCGUACCCUCUGGCCCUGUCUCUCCUGGCUCUGGCUCUGUCUCGCCUGGCUCCGGCUCCCCUUCUGGCUCCCCCUCUGGGCCUGGUACUGGCGGUUCUGGUGGCUCCCCCGCUGGUCCUUCAGACAUGUCCUCCUGGCCCAGCUCCAGCUCCAGUCCCUCCGAGAUCCCGACUCUGCCUGGCGACAACCACAUGCCCACUGUGACCGUCACAACUACUGUGGCCUACCCGACGGUCCCUGCCUCCUCCAAGGCCCCUACUGCUCCCUCGGAGACCCCGGCCCCGGAGUCAUCCGAGGCCUGCACCACUACCGCUGAGCCUUUCGGCCCUGGCGGCGAGUCUUCCACUCCCGCUACCGCUACCGCUACCACCGCUCCCACCGCUCCCACCGGCCACCCCAGCUUCCCCGGCGGUCCUGGCCCUGUUAUCAUCAGCAGCAAGUCGUCUCCGGCCCCUGCUGGGCCCACCGGCCCUGCCACCGGUCCUGCCACCGGUCCUGCCACCGGUCCUGCCACCGGUCCUGCCAGCCAGCCCUCGACUGCCACCUCCGGCGAGCCUGGGCUCCCCUCCGGGCUCCUCCCCUCCGGCCCCUCCAGCGAGACCACCGUCCCCUCCUCCUCAUCCUCCCCCAGCCAGCCCACCGGCCCCUCUGGCCCCCGGAGCUCCAACACCUGGACAACGUCGAUGAUCCCCAGCGGCACCUCGACUCCCGCCGCGUCCGAGACGCCCUCCUGCGCCAACGGCCACUGCCACGGCACCGGACACCUGAUCCAGGAUCUGGGCCCGCAAGCCGACCACCUCCUGACGGUGCUGGGCAACGGCACGGAGCAGCUGCUGAUCCAGCUCAGCGACCCGGUCGCCAACCUGCUCUCCAGCCUGGGUUUGACCGGCCUGGCCGAGCCCGUCGGCCACAUCAUCAAGGACGCCAGCACGAUCGGCGAGCUGGUGACGGACCUGGGCGCGCCCGUCGACAACCUCCUGAUCGCGGUCGGCAAGGACACGGGCUACCUGCUCAUCCAGCUGGACACGGACGUCAAGGGCCUUCUCAGCAGCAUUGGCCUUGACGCGCUGGCGGACCCGGUGGGCGACCUGCUGGGCGCCAUCGGCAGCAGCCUCAAGCGUCGCGACGACGUCUCCAACCCCAACGGGCUCCUGGAGAAACUGGGCCCCGUGGUCGACUGCAUCCUGGUGGUGGUUGGCGAGGACAGCAAGGAUCUGCUCAUCAAGCUCAGCGACCCGGUGGCGGAGCUGCUGGAGAAGCUGGGCCUGACGGGCGUCGGUCGCAGCGUCGGUCAGGUCAUCAAGUCGGCCGCCUCGGUGGGCGACCUGAUCAAGGAUCUGGGGCCCGUGGUCGACUGCCUGUUGACCGUCGUGGGCGAUGAUGGCGGCUACUUGCUGAUCCAGCUGGAUCCCGACGUUGCGGAGCUGGUCGCCAACUUGGGGCUGCCGGGUGUUGGCGAGGCAGUGGGUGAGGUGCUUCACGUCGUCGGACAGAACCUGUAAAAAGGAAGAAGAUGAUGACUGACUGCUUGAUUGAUGAUGAUGGUGUGUGUGUGUGUGUGUGUGUGUGUGUGUGUGUGUGUGCUGCCACUCUUUUUUGGCGGGAGCUGACACUUUUUUUUUUUUUUCCCUGUCCUCUCUUGUGCCCUCUUAGGGGGUUGUACUAUACUGUACGAUGUAUCUACCUACCUGAC